AUGUUUGGGAAGAAGAAUUCAACCUCUAAAGCACCAGAGAGGAAUGAAACAACAAUCACUGCUUCCUCUGACGUGGAUAGCAUGUCACCAUCCACAAACUCAUCAAAAGAUUUAUUAGUCAAUUCACAGCAAGUUGGACCAUUCCACGAACUGAGUGCAACGAUCAUUCUGGACUCGGAGUCACGACCUUCGAGGACAGUCAUUGUUUUGGCUCUUGUCUCGUCGAUUUCGGGAUUCAUGUUUGGUUAUGACACGGGUUAUAUAUCCUCAGCCCUCGUUCAAAUUGGCACAGACUUGUCCAAUAAGGUGUUGACCAGUGGAGAAAAAGAGUUCAUCACAUCUGCCACCUCAUUGGGGGCACUUAUAGGAGCCAUCAUUGGUGGUAUUUUAGCAAACCUUGUAGGGCGAAAGAGAGUGCUUUUAGGGUCAAAUGUUAUCUUUGUUGUGGGAACCAUAGUCCAGCUUUGUGCAAAGACUGUAUGGACAAUGAUUGUUGGAAGGUUCAUUUUGGGAUGGGGUGUUGGUGUCGCAUCUUUAAUUGCACCGCUCAUGUUAUCCGAGCUUGCACCAUCUAAAUAUCGUGGACGUUUAAUCGUGACCAAUGUCAUGUUUAUUACCGGUGGUCAGCUCAUUGCUUACCUUAUAAAUUGGGGCUUGACGAGAAUUGCACAUGGAUGGAGAGUUUCAGUUGGUUUAUGUAUGGUACCACCAGUACUACAGUUUGUUCUAUUCUGGUUCUUACCCGACACCCCAAGAUACUACAUCAUGGCGGGAGACAUUGACAAGGCCAAGCAAGUUAUUCGUAAAAUCUAUAAUGAACCAUCAGACGCGUUUGUUGACGCCACUGUCGAGGAUAUGCUCCAUUCAGAUUCUACCGUCCCUGGACAGAACCCAUUGCAAAAAGCAUGGAAAUCAAUCAAAAUCAUUCAUACAACUCCAGGAAAUUUUAGAGCAUUGAUAUUGGCAUGUGGCUUACAAGGCAUCCAACAAUUUACAGGUUUUAACUCGUUAAUGUACUUUAGUGCCACAAUUUUCGAAACCAUUGGAUUUCAUAACCCAACAGCCGUCUCCAUUAUUGUUUCAGCAACAAACUUUGUAUUUACAGCUAUUGCACUUUGCAUCAUUGAUAAAGUGGGACGAAGAAGAAUCUUACUUGUGGGUAUCCCAUGUAUGUGUGGCUCUUUGGUAUUGUGUGCCAUUGCAUUUCACUAUUUAAAUGUUGAUUUCUCAUCGGGAGUUCAAAUUUUGUCGCGAGGUAUCAAUGGCUGGGGCAUUGUUGUUAUUAUUGGUAUGAUCUUAUAUGUAGCCUCAUACGCCAUUGGUAUUGGAAAUGCUGCUUGGGUCGGUGUUGAAUUAUUCUCCGACGUCAAUGUACGUUCUAUUGGAGCAAUGUAUGCUGCAGGUACCAACUGGGCGGGUUCAAUGGUUAUAUCGGCUACUUUUUUGACAAUGUUGGAGAGAAUUACGCCAACUGGUACUUUCUCCUUCUUUGCCGGAUUAUGUGUUGUGUCAUUCUUUUUCGUAUUCUGUUUAUUACCUGACACUGCGGGGUUGGAGCUAGAGGAAACUACAAACUUCUUGGCCAAUGGAUUCAACGUGAAGCAGUCUAUUGAAAUGUCCAAAAUCCGAAAAAGAAAAUCAAAGUAUGCUAAAACAAAUGUUCCUGACAUUACCGUAUAG